ACUGGCGUAUAUGCUACCAUCAGUGCUGCAAUGCUGUGCUUUUAUGUAUACGUGGUUAUUUCUGGCGGCAAUCCACCACCCAAGAAACUGAAGACGAAUGCUUCUGCUUCUGCUGUAGCCACAUCUUAGCGUUCUUGUCUCAGGUUCAAGGCGGGGAUCAAGCAAUUGGUUUCUGGCCGCAUAAGGGGCCUUUCAACUUUGGUAAAAAUCUCCGCUUAGCUUCUAUUAGUCCUUUUCUUUGGCAACUUAUAUGUUGCAAUCCGGCUUAAGCUGCAACUUGUUUACCUAUUAUGGCGAUACUGAGUCUUUUUCUUUGUUAUUGAAAUUUUCUGAGCUGAAAAAGUACUCAAUUGUAAGCUGAAUAAUUUAGUUCUGGUGGAUGUUUGAUGUGGAUCUGUAAUUACAUUUUUAUGAACCCAUUAUUUAAAAAUCUGAAUUCAGUUUUGAUAAGAUCAUUAUUCCAAGAUAUUUUUUUUAUGACAAUACACACAUUACAUCCUCUGUUUCGGUACACUGUGGUGGUGGUGGCAACUAUACUCUCCCCAUUUCUUUCUUAUUGUUUCGCAUCAAAUUCAAUUUUCGGCACUUAGUUCGUGGCUUUUGAGGUUUCCAGUGGACGAAUGAAUCAAACCCAAGGUUAAAUAUCUCUUUCCCUGCUGCUGGAAUGGGGAAAAAUGGCAGAUUUUUUGUGAUAAUUCUUGUAUUCUUAAUCGUUUCGUGCUGUUCGAGCGCCUUUAAUUCAACGACGAACAGUUCAUCCAUCGCUCCGCAACAGGGUUCGCAAGUGAACGAAACAGUAAGUGGUAUUAAGGGUUUGAAUGAAAGCUUAGGGAUUGGAAAAGAAAAGCCUAAAGAGACUCAGAGGAGUGAAGAUUUGAGUACAGGGAAUGUGAAGGGCUCCAACAAUGGAAGUAACCCGGCUGUUGGGACACCGCCUUCGAAAUCAAAGGGUAAUGAAGAGAAAAAAGAAGUAGAAAAUGCCAGCAAGGACAAGGAUAAUGAGAGCUGUGAAGGGGCAUUACAGGAAUGCAACAUUGAGAAUACAUUGCUUGCCUGCAUACAAGUGCCAAGAAAUGGUUCAAAAGAACCAUUUCUUGUGCUUCGGAAUGAUGCCGAAAGGAAGCUGGAAGUGAAAAUUUAUUCCUCAAAUUCAGUGGGACAAGAUCCUGUGGCUGUCAACAAACAUCAGAUAAUAAGGGUAAAUAUCUCAUCAACAUUGAGCAAAGGCUCCAAAAUAGUAGUUGAUACAGGUAGUAGUGGUAGAUGUGAGCUUCAAUUGGGUCAGUCUGUGGGGUCUAUGGACAGCUUUGUCCAGCAGCUGUCCCUAUACUCGAAACAAGUGACUCCCAUCUACGGCGUCUACUUCCUGUUUCUGGUGGCACUUGUUAUUGGUGGCACUUGGGCUUCCUGCAAGUUAAGGAAGAAGAGACAGCAUGGCACUGUUCCUUAUCAGGAACUGGAAAUGGCGUUGCCGGAGUCUUCUUCUGCCAUAAAUGUGGACGACGCCGCAGAGGACUGGGACCAGGGUUGGGACGACGAUUGGGAUGAGGACAAUGCGGUAAAUUCACACCGCUUCGGUAGCAUUUCUGCCAAUGGCCUAACUGCCCGGUCUGCAAAAAAAGACGGAUGGGAAAACGACUGGGAUGACUAGUGAAACAAGGUAAAUUUUUGUGAUCAAGACUGAAAAAUACCAACCAUACAUAAUACAAUGGGAAAAGCUAUAGUGACACCAAAUAUGACACCACAAAUUAAAGAUAGUGUGUUAUUGUAUGUGCGUGUCUGUGACACACAGUAGUGUCAUAUCUCGUGAUCACUAUAGCAUGACUCUAAUACAAUUACCCAAGGAAGCCAAAAUCUUGUAAUUCUUUUCACUUCUUCUUUUUCACCUAAUAGAUUUCUUCUACCACAGAAGUUUGCUGUACCAUAUUGUUGCUGUCAUAUUUUCUUGUAGAAUACAUAGAACCAGCCUCU